AUGCUCUACAAUUCCGUCUUUGCUUUGGCCAUGGCUGCAUCAGCUCUCGCCACUCCUCUCAUGGCCAAACGCGCCGCCGCCUUCGACUGCAAUGUCGCCUUCGUCGCCUGUGUGGCAAAUCCUUACCUCGGAGAAAGCUACUGCAACGACGUCCGCAACACCUGCGAAGCCUGCUGGCAAACCGAACAAUCCUGCAGAGUAACCGCCGACUACGCCAAAGGCAUCCAAUGCACCGUAGAUGCCCAACUCUGCUUCCACACCGCCGAGAACCCUGCUUCGGUCUAUGGUGCCUACGAUUGUGAUGCUGCGUUUAGCACUUGCGCUUCUGCUCCCAACACCAAUCAUGCUUUCUGUGCGGCUCAGCAGGGUGCUUGUAACGCUUGCGAGACGCAGGAGAAUCAGUGUCGUGCUGCACCUGGUGCCAAUCAGGCUGGAUGCUCUGCGCAGUCGGCCGGCUGCUUCAGGGAUGCUGUUACUUCUAAUGGCUCUUACACUGGCUAG